UGCGAAUCAGUGAGGCAGGAAUCUAGGGUUCGUUAUCAAAAUUAAAAGUUCUUCGAGGUUCCCCUUAAUUUCGUUAUCAUACCUGAAAUUUUCGAUCGAUAUCGAUAGUGCUGUGUUCCCUUUUUCUCCCUUUUCGCUCAAUUUGCAUUGCGUAGCUUCAAUCAUUUACCUUGCAUUGCGUAGCUUCAAUCAUUUACCUUGAGGUACUCUCUCUCUCUCUCUCUCUCUCUCUCUUAAAUUCUGCAUAACAGAAAGGAUUUGGCUUUCAAUCAUUUACCACAGUGUUCUUCUCUUUGUUGUGUGUGUAGGCAAGUUGGAUAGAUGGAUUUUUUUUUUCUUUAUUUUUAAUUUUUUUGUUUUUUUCUUCUUCUGAAAUUUGAUGUAUGGUGGUUACGGUUGCCUUAGUGGUUAGCUAGUAGAAGUGUAUAACAAAGCCUAUCUCAGUGCGUAUCUGUAAAUUUGUGGCAGGAAGGUGCACAGAUUGGUACAUUUUGUUUGGAAACUGCCAUUAUUUUUUCUGAGAUUGGACACGUCAUGAUUCUCCUUUUUGUUCUGCCAUCUCAUUCCUUUAAUGCCUAAUUGACUCUUAACUUUUAACUUUGUUUGUUCACCUUGCAUUUGAGUGGAAACUUUUCAUAUUUAUUACAUUUCAUGCUCCUGCAAUUCUGGAUUUUCUUGAGGGGCUUUGUCCUCUCCAUUUGAUUUUAUGUUAUAUAAGAGCUUGUGCUCUUCAACAUGCCUUUUGAACUCGGAUCCCUUUCAUCACCUUCAUUGUCUCGUUUUGAGAAUCUUUUUGUGACUUGGCUGUCAAUGCUGCUAAUUAUUUUAUCAUUGCCCCUUUAGUAAAAGUCUUUCGCAUUGCGGCCGUAUAACUAUAAGUCUUAUCUCAUUGCACUGGUUCCACUGAGAUUCAUUCGCUGCGACUCCUUUUUUGGCCUUUCUUUUUGUUUCCUCCUUUCGAUAUGUGUAUACUUCUUCCCAGGAAUUCUUCUGGCCUCUGUGCCUUCUUCACAGUUGCCUCACAAGCUUGUUUAAUUAAUUUCGUAAGAUGCCAAGGGGAAAGAGAAAUUCUUCAUCAGUUGCUAAGCCAUCUGAGCCUGAAAAGGCAGUUGAAUCUGAUGAGAAGGUCGAUUUCGAUGAGGAAAAUGAUCCCGAGGAAGCAAUGGAAGAAGAAAUUGAAUAUGAAGAAGUAGAGGAAGAAGAGGAAGUGGAAGAAAUAGAAGAGGAGGUGGAAGAGGUGGAAGAAGAGGAGGAGGAGGACCCAGAGGAGGUAGAGGUAGAGGAAGAGGAAGAGGAGGAGGAGGAGGAGGAGGAGGAUGAGGAGGAAGUUGAAGAAGUGGAAGAAGAUGAUGCCAUGCAAAACCGUAGCAGUGAUGAGACCAUGGUGGAAGAUGAGGAUGAGAAGAAAAAGCAUGCUGAACUUCUUUCUCUUCCUCCUCAUGGAUCUGAAGUAUACAUUGGUGGCAUUCCUCAUGAUGCCUCAAAUGAGGAUUUGAAAGCUUUUUGUGAACGUAUUGGAGAAGUUACGGAGGUUCGAGUAAUGAAAGCAAAAGAUUCUUCUGAGAAUAAGGGAUUUGGUUUUGUGACUUUUAGAAACGUUGAAUUGGCUUCAAAAGCCAUUGAGGAGCUGAAUAAUACAGAAUUUAAGGGUAAAAAAAUAAAAUGUUCAACAUCUCAAGCAAAACACCGUCUUUUUAUUGGCAAUGUUCCCAGAAGCUGGGGUGAGGAAGAUCUGAGGAAGAUUGUAACUGAGAUUGGACCUGGAGUUACUGCUGUAGAACUGGUCAAGGAUAUGAAGAAUAUAAACAAUAACCGUGGAUUUGCUUUUGUCGACUAUUAUAAUCAUGGAUGUGCUGAAUAUUCAAGGCAAAAGAUGACGAGCCCAACAUUUAAGCUAGGUGACAAUGCUCCAACAGUGAGCUGGGCUGACCCUAAAAAUGCUGAUUCCUCUGCUUCAUCUCAGGUGAAGGCAGUAUAUGUGAAGAACCUUCCUAAGAAUGUCACUCAAGAGCAGUUGAAGAAGCUUUUUGAACACCAUGGGAAGAUCACAAAGGUGGUUCUUCCACCAGCAAAGUCUGGACAGGAAAAGAACAGAAUUGGUUUUGUACAUUUUUCAGAUAGGUCAAAUGCUAUGAAAGCACUAAAAAACACUGAAAGAUAUGAAUUAGAAGGUCAAAUUUUAGAGUGCUCUCUAGCAAAACCACAGGCUGAUCAAAAGUCUGGAGGAUCAAAUACACAGAAGCCAGGAUUGCUUUCAAGCUAUCCUCCACGUGCUGGUUAUGGUUUGGUUGGGGGUCCUUAUGGUGCACUUGGUGCGGGAUAUGGUGCUCCAGGUCUUGCACAGCCCUUGAUAUAUGGAACGGGUCAAACUCCAGCUGGAAUGGCCAUGAUGCCUAUGCUUCUGGCUGAUGGACGGAUUGGAUAUGUCUUGCAACAACCAGGAAUGCAGCCACAAAUUCCAUCCUCACAUCAGAGAGGUGGCAGAAGUGGUGGUGGCGGGAGCAAUAGCAGGAAUUCUGGCAGUUCAGGUAAGGGAAGGCACAACAAUGAUAGUGGCCAAGGGCGCAGAUACCGCCCAUAUUAGCUUGUCUUGAUGUAGAUGGGAACGUUAUACUGGCACCAUCUUCUCUCAAAGUGUCUAGUUGAUUUUGUGGCUAUACAAGCUCGUUUAAUUCAUCGAAGUAUGCUACCAAUUUUUUUUUUUUUUUACAUUAAAUAUUUAUUCUGUUCAUUCAGUCUUGAUUACAUAGAUGCAGUGUUUAAAAAUCCGGCUCGGGCCAUUGACUAGGCCGAGGUCAGGGGUCACGGGUUUAAUUGGGGGGUCAUGAGGUCAUUUUGCUA